AUGAAAUCUUUUGCAGUCGUCUCACUUCUGCUGAUCAUCGCAAAUGUUUUAGCAUGGCCUGGUGGCCAUUCUUUCAAUGGCGGCCCUAUGGGAGGUCCUCAUCAUAUUCCACCAUUUGCAAAAAACGCCUCCCAGGAUCAGCUAAAUACUCUCAAGCAGAUCAUGCAUGAUGCGAACUUGACCAGGGGGCAAUUAGACCAAAAGGUGAAAGAUUGGGCUUCAGCACAAGGAGGUGAUUUUUUGGAGGCAUACAAUGACUUCAAGAAGAAUAUGUCGGCAAUGGCCACUAAGAUUCUUCAAAAGAUUAAUGCUUCUACACUUUCUAAUAACUUGAAAAACAUUGCAAAAAGUCUUCAAGAGAUUCACAGCAAUGAAAGCUUGACGAUGCAAGCAGCUCACGAACGAGCAAAAGCGCUAAUAAGUUCUAUUUCUGAAAGCGAACGACGCCAAGUGCAUGAUUUACUCCGACCGGAAAAACCGAGAAAAAAGCGUCAAGCAACUGCGCCGGGCCCUAUUGACCAAAUAAGACAUCCAUCAUUUUUGAAGCAGAUUAGUCCAGCAGCACUGGCUUCAUUUAAAGCCAUUUUUGACAACAAGAAUCUGACUAAAAAGCAGCUUGUAGAUCAGAUCAGCGGAUGGGCUUCACAGCAGUCUUCAGAAAUUAAGGAACUGUAUAGUGAAGUGUCUAAAAAAUUAGAAAAAUUCAAGGAACAGUAUAAUUUGGCAAUUACAAAUUCGACACUAAGCACAGAAGCAAAAGCUGCAGUAGAAGAGCUUAUGACCGUUUACGAGAACCAAGACAUUACAAUUGAAGAAGAAAUAGCUAAACGCCGAGAAAUUAUUGGGAAGCAAAGUAAAAGUGUUCGCAAAGAAAUCCUUAAAUUCAUGCGUGAAAAGUUGCGAGCAUAA